GCUGGGCAGAGGAGGCCUGUGGGUACUGCCGGCAGCGCAACGCGCUGUCAACGGGAGGCUCGCGGGUUCGAGCCCCCGCCCGCCCCUCCGCGGGGUGGCCACCAGGCCGGGGACGCUCGACCCGCGGGGCCAUGGCCCAGCCGGGGCUGGCGACCCGCUUCCAGCGCCGCUUCCUGGCGGCCCGGCAGCUCCGCUCCUUCCCCUGGCCGGAACUGGAACAAAACCUACGGAUUUCACCGGAUUCCUCCCUGCUCCUGGAUAUUCUACACAAGACCGUUCGCCACCCGCUGUGUGCAAAAUACCCCCCUUCCACCAAGUACAGGAGAUCUUUUCUAACCGAACUCAUCAAAAAGCAUGAAGCUACGGCAGCUGAACCCCUGGAUGAGCUCUACGACGCACUGGCAGAUAUUUUAAACGAAGAAGAAUCCACUCGCUCUUACAAAAGCUACUUGCUGCCCUCGGGAGAGCCCAUCACCCUUUCCGAGAGCGUGGCCAUCGUUUCUGGAGGAACCACGGGGCUCAUCACCUGGGAUGCUGCGCUUCAGCUGGCUCAAUGGGCGAUAGAGAACAACAGCGCUUUCAGGGACAGGACGGUCUUGGAACUGGGCAGUGGGAUUGGCUUCACCGGAAUUGCAAUCUGUAAAACCUGCCAUCCCAAGGCGUAUGUAUUCAGCGACUGCCACCCCGCUGUUCUCCAGCAGCUGGCGGAAAACAUCCAUUUGAAUGGCUUCGUCUUGGAGCCCGGAAAGACCCGUCAUAUCCAAACAGAGCCCCAGGGCCAGGAGGAAGAAGCAACGAAUUACCAAAACCCAAAACUAAACCCCAGACUCAUUGUUGCAGAACUGGACUGGGGCUCGGUUACAGAAAAACAGCUCUUGGAUCUUCAACCUGACGUCGUCAUUGCGGCAGACGUGGUAUAUGAUCCAGAGAUAAUUUUAGCCCUUAUUGGUAUGCUACAAAAACUCGCCGCUUGCAGAGUGGCCAGAAAAGCUCCUGAGGUCUACAUUGCUGUCACCGUUCGUAAUCCAGACACGUAUCACCUGUUCCAGGCUGAACUCGAUAAAGUUGGGGUCGGAUGGCGGAUUAUUCCAGCCCACAGCAAGAGUAUUUUUCUCUAUGACGUGCAGCCAAACGUAACUAUUCUACAGCUGUUUAUAUAGACUUGGCAAAUAUGACAUAAUUAGAAUUUUCAGACCAACAGGAGCCAUGUCAUCCUUGCAACAAGAUCAUCUUGAAUUCUGGAAACGUACAUGAGAGGCACCGAGGAUACAACUAUAAGCACAGACUGUCAAAGCGAGUUACGCUUCUUCCUGUAACUGUCAGCAUGCAUGGAAGCAAGCUGCUGCCCCAAAAAGUGUCUGUGAACCUCAAGCAAUAGAAAAUAAAAAAGCCCUAAUUGUAUGGCACUUUGAUUCUGUAGAAGACAACAGAAUUGAACUGUUUUGUUUGUUUUUUUCAACUGUGUUUUGAUUUGUAAAUAAUGGAGACACAUCUGCAGGAUCACAAGAUGAGUAUCUCACACUGACAAGGGAGCAAGACAAUGUUUCAUAGCAAUAAAUAUUUUUUAAUAUUAAAACCA